AUGACCUCCCCGAACAUGUUACGAUUCACUGCAGUGACGGGAUAUUUCCUUCAGGAUGACCCCGCCACUGACCCCGAAAGCUUCGACUACGUGAAAUCAAAUUUUGGUCUCGUCAAAAAACACUACGAUGGGCAACACGGAGUGGAACAGACUGAUAGCCAGUGGCGGCGUUUCGAUGCCCACAUUCAACGCCACAACGACAGCAAAACUAAAAAGCUCAAGGUCCUCUUUCUCGGACGCCACGGCGAGGGAGUCCACAAUGUCGCUGAGCGUAAGUAUGGCACCAAGAAGUGGGACGAUUACUGGUCUCUCCAAGACGGAGAUGAGGAUGGCAACUGGGUCGAUGCUCGCCUUACUGAACAGGGCAGGUGCCAAGCGCAAGUUGCACAUGCAGCUUGGGAGCAACAGAUCGACGCCGGCAUCCCGUCACCCGAGUCCUACUACGUGAGCCCCCUGAACCGGUGUCUCGAAACCGCGCAAAUUACGUUCCAGGGACUUGGGAUCCCGAAAACGGAACCUUUUAAGCCGACCAUCAAAGAGCUUCUCCGUGAGACGAUGGGUCAGCACACCUGUGACCGUCGCUCAACAGCUUCGCAAAUCGCAGAAGAGUACCCGGAGUACCAGUUUGAAGCAGGGUUCACACAGGAAGACAAGUUGUGGGAUCCUAAGGUCCGCGAGUCGAAUGAGCAUCGCAACCAUCGGCUUCGCUGUCUUCUGAACGAUAUAUUUACUCACGACGACAGUACGUACAUUUCGUUAACAGCUCAUUCCGGUGCCAUAACUAGCAUUCUGGAAGUUGUGGGCCAUCGACAAUUUGCCUUGGCGACUGGUGCGGUGAUCCCUGUGCUCGUUUCUGUGGAAAAGGGCCCCUCGACGCAGCCAGACUCGCAGUCAUUGUAA